UUUCUUCAUUUAAAAUAUUAUAAAUGAUUAAUAGUAUUUACUUGUAUUUAUAUUACUUUAAAUAAUUUUAAUAUCACUCCAAAACAUAGAUGUCUAAGUAAGAAAUUCCAGAUUUCAAUUUUAUUGUGUUAUCUAUGUAUUGGCCACGAUAACAUGAGUAAAUAAAUUCUUAUCGUAAAAAAACUGAUAACAAUCCGGAUUUUGAGCUUUUAUGACAGAGAGAGUGACAUUGCAGUAAGAAACAUGAAACUAAUUUUAAUUCUGUUUUUAAUUAAUUUGGUUUGUUGUAAAGUUAAAAAGUGUAGUUUUUGUGAAGGAAUUCACUGCAAAUGCCAUAGAAAUUUAAUUACUUGCAGUGAUUGGAGUAAUAUGGAUGAAAUUGAAGAACAUAUAACGUCUUCAGAUAAUUCAGCUUGUGAUGAAUAUGGGACUUUUAAUUUAACGACAUCCCAUCUUCCAGCACUUCCAGAGCAUAUUUUCAAGAAUACCAGAUUCAAUACAAUCGAAUUUUCUGGCGUGAGUUUACCAUUUCUCGGUCCUCCUUUAAGCAAAGAGUCACCCUUUUCAGGUUUAGAACGUAGUUUUGGAGAAUUCAAAAUGGAAAAUGUAUUAUAUUUAUAUAAUUGGGAUUGGGCUUUGCUCUCGAAUUUUAGUUAUCUAACCAGACUGACAGUGACAAAAAGCAAAGUUUUGCGUAUCAAUAAGAGUUUCUCUUCGAUUUCUAACAGUUUAACAAAAAUCGAAUUGAGGGAAUGCCAAAUUAAACGUAUAGAUGAUGGAUCGUUUAAAUCUUUCAACAGACUGGAGCAGUUGUAUCUAAACAAAAAUCAAUUGACAUCAUUUAAAAGAUCUCAUUUACCUGAUCCAGCCGGACAUUUGACUUUAAUAGAUAUCAGUGAUAAUUUUCUAGAAAUGUUGCCAGAAAAUCUUUUUGAAGGAAUGGAUAAAUUAGAACAUGUUUCCUUUGUGAAUAACAGAUUAAAAUUCAUACCCAAUGCCAUAAUAAAUCAUAACUUGAGAAAAUUGCUUUUAGAGGGUAACCCUUUAGAAUGCAAUUGUGACUUACUACUUCUGUGCAGAAGAUAUUUGAGAGAUGUACUUUGCAAUUCAAAAUUACCGCAACUCGUGAAUAUUUGUACUAAUGAAAAUAAGAAGAAAUUUAAUUGCACGUAAUAUUUCUUAUGUGUUAUGUAAUGGAAAGGUGCUUUUUAUAAAUCUUUGCCUUCAAAAUAUGACAAAAUAUCAUCUAUUAUAGUGAGGACUCUGUUAAAAUGGAUUUGAACUUGUUAAUUUUGUAUGGACACUUGAAAAUGUGCGGUACAUGUAAUAAAAUAAUACACCAAAUACAAUUUCUCUGAUUCUGAAAUACUGUAUAUUGUUAUAUUAGAAAUAAAAAUCUUGGCGUGAAAAUGGUGAAACCAGAAUUUCGUGCCAAGUAGAUGUAAAAGUUAAAUAUUUUGAAUUAAAAUACUCAAAUCGAUCA